AUGUCUUCACUUACUCUCGGACACAAACGCAACAAAUCUCUGAAGUCCAGCAAGACGCUCCAUAAAUUACUGAUCUCUGCGCCGAUCUCAGACUCGCAAUGCAGCCCGAUCUCACCAACGGUAAGAAGUCCUUUGGCUGGUCCUGUGGUCAUUCUUCGGGCUAGAUUUGAUUUUGAAGCCCAAGCUAUUCCUGAAAUUUCAGUUCGUUCGCAAGAAUUGUUCAUGCCUAUCGAAAGGCGUGAUGAUGGCUGGAUCCAUGUUCAACUUCUAGACAGAAAUGCGAAAGGACUCAUACCCAGUCUGUACGCCGAAAUAGUUGUCAAUGAUCCCAAUAACCCUGUCACCAUGGAUUGGUACAGUGGUGCUAUGGAAGGCAACAUUAUCAACAAAUAUCGUAUUGAUCGUACCAUCGUCUCGCAGGUGCUCCUGAAUGAAACACAUCGAUUGUGUUACAAGGUAGAAGCCGUUAUAGAAUCUGACCGUAUUAUCAAAUGCUGCAAAAUCUAUGAGGAUUUCAAUGAUUUGUUGAAUUUGGUAAACAAAAAGUUUGGCUCAAUCAAGCAGUUUUCCAUUCCAGCGCAAUUGGUAAGUCAUGUAAGCCCGAUCAAGUGCAGCGAAACUACAAAAAGGGACAUUAUGACUGUUGCGCUUGGACUCAAGAGUUUCAUUCUGGACCUUACUCGGUUCUUGACCCUGCGUGAUAAUCUGCUUCUUGCAGAUUUCCUACUAAAGGACACUGCAAAUUUGAGGCUGAAGAGCAGCAAAACACUCUCGACUGCCCCACUCAUUUUAGACUUGCUCAACCAAAACCUUGGAGGACUACUGCCCAUUCAGCGUUCCCAAUCAUUCUCUCCUACUGCUCCCCUUCCACUUGGAAGCAGACCUAUUACUAAAAGAUGUGCUUCAUCGCCCAAAGAAAGCGAUUCCUACAAAAGUACAAACAUAAAAUAUCUGGCUUAUCUCGCAUCCAUCCAACAAAAUAGAACAGAAAAAUUCAUUGCAUCUGUUCCUCAGUCUGAAUCAAUUACAAGCAUACUGUCGCUUAUUGAGAGUUAUGACGUCUCUAGUUGGGAUGUGUAUGAUGAAGGAAGCCAGUCUUCUGGGAUCGGCCGCCUGCAUGGUGAGGAUCGGCCAAACGAUCUAAGUGCACACCACAACUUCCAUCCCCUGCAUUCCUUGAGCAGUGGAACAGAAAUGAAAUCCGGUAAUUCGCUGUGGUCAGAAGUUUCCGAGCCCAAUUCUGCUGAACCGAUCACCCCACCAUUAGGACACCAAUCUCUUGCCUCUCUUGUCUUGCCCAUUCAAGAGAAUGGAACUGCACAGGAUUUCGACUUCAGUCCACUCAAGCCCCAAAUGCAUCAGGAGUUUCUUAAAUCACCUGGGCAGAUGGGUCAGGCAUAUGAAUAG